AUGUCCUUGGUUGAUGAGCCUGAUGAAGAUAUUCCUGCUGCAAAUGUUGAAAAGGAGCAAGAAGUGGCUGAGGCUGAAAAUAUAGAAAUUAAUGCAGAAUUGUUUACAACUGAUACAGACUUUGUUGAAAAUGUUGUGCAGAUUGAUGAUAUUGAAGGUGAUGAUGUUGACAAAGACACGACUAGUUCUUCCAGUUCCUCAGAUGAUGAUGUUGUGGAUGAGGUUGAACGUGAAAGAAGGAUGAGAGAAGAGGCAGAGAAAGAAAAGUUGAUUAAGAAAAGAAAGAGGCAAGAACAGGAGGAGGUUCCUUAUGUUCCGUCACCAGAGCAUGUCACAGAAUCUCAAUCAACUCCAAAAGUUAGAAGAAAAACUGGUGGUCGUAAGAAAACAACUCCAAAGAUCCGAAUUUCUAAGAAACCUCAGAAGGUUGUGCAGAAAAAGCAACCUGAAGUAGAACAUCAAAAGCCUCCAACACCUCCACAUAUCUUCGGCACACCUCCACUCACCCAAGUACAACCUGGUUCUUCGAGUAAAGGUCUUCCGACACCGCAAGAUAAUCUACUAGACGUUGACUUCGACUUUGCAAAUAAUUCGCAAGUGUUGAAAUUGGAAAAGAAAAUAGAAAAUGUGAUAGCAGAGAACAAAAGGUUGGCAGCUGAGAACAAAAAGUUAGAAAAGAAGGUUGAAACAGAUCAAACUGAAAUUGAUAUUCUAAAAGUUCGCGUGUCUGAGCUUGAAGAAGAGAAGAAUCGUCGUGAUUGUCAGAACGAAUAUUUCAAGCUUAAAAACAAAGAGCUUGCAGCAGCUAAAGCAGUAAGUGACCAUGAAGUAUAUAUGCUGAAUAGAGUGGUCAAAAGUUUGCUUGGAAUGUCAGUUGAUCAAAAGUUUGAAGAGUUGAAGCUAGAAGACCUUCGUGCAGAACGUCAAGCAGAAUUAGAAAGGCAGAUGAAAGAUAAGGGUAAAGGGGUUGAAGGAAUUUCAGCUAUGCCUGAAAUGUCUCUUGUACCUUCGAUGGUGAUCGAUAAUCCUGAGCCUAUAUCUGCAGUUCCUGGCUUAUUCGAAGAAGAAACUCCAACGCAUGAAUUAAUUGGAGGUUCAGGUGUUAGAGUUUCCGAAGCUUCAAAUGAAAAAGUCGUUGAAGAUUUGAUGAACGACACCGUGAAUGAAGAAAGUGGUGAAGCUGAGGGAAAGGGGGAGUCGAGUAAGACGCAGAUCGUUGAGCAUCAUGAGCCAUUGUUCGUGCGUCUAGAGGUGUAUAAGGAAAUGCUUAAAGAUGUAAACCCUGAAAUUUCCUUUGAUUUUGAAAAGGAUUUAGAAUCGUUUGAUAUUAAUAAACAGCAAGAUUAUAAGUAUGACUAUGUUGAAGAUGCUGAUAUCUACGAUCGGGUUGAAGUUGAAGAAUGUUCUGAUAGUGAAGAUGUUCCUGAAGAUACAUCUAAAUUUCCAACGUUGAUGGAAUUCUUCACAGGUGAGAAUAGAGAAGAGUUACGACAAAAGGUGACUGAAGCUGUGAAUGACAAUGUGUUUGAAUGUUUGAGGAAAGAUGCUGAAAAGGAAGGCUAG